CGUCUUUCUCAGCGACAUCCACUUCCAAUGAACCGGACGUUACCCCAUCAUUUGAAGCGUAAUUUAUUUUAUUAACUGCAAUAUUGAAUACUAAUUUAAAGGUCAACAUGAAAUCCCGGAAGUUAUAUGCUGUCAUGUCAAUAUUAACUGUGUGUUUUAUAUACGUUUAUUAUUUUUUGACCAACAUACAACCAGGAUGUAGGAUGAAGGCGGCACCAGUUCAAGAUCGUAUGUCCUUUAUAAACCAAACAACUAAUCGUAUGACGAUCUCUCACUUUAAAGACGUUCCGGAUAUGACGUUAACAAUAAGAAUGACUGCCAAACCUGGUCUGCUAUUUUUUUUUUUUUGUGCGUUGUUGAGAAGUCUGACUCUGUAUUGGCCAAGCCAGCUUAGUCAUCUGGGCGUAAUACUGGACAAAGAAUCCGAACUUGAUCACAAAUUCGCAAAAAGUCUACGAAAAUACCAAGAACAACUAGGAAUAAAUAUGAGCUUUUUCUAUGAACCCUUGCCACAAGACGAACGUGUUUUAACUGCCGCGAAGCCCCAUUCACGUGGCUACAAUCGUCAACUGUAUUCUAGUUUUAUCAUGGACAAAUUCAUCUCAACACCGAUAGUAGCUUUGAUAGAUACUGAUGUUAAAUUUACUACUCCAGUAACCCGUGAAAAUAUUCUUAACGGAAAUAAGCUGCGCGUAAAAGGAUUGUACAUGUUUCAUCAUGUUUGGCUAAAAACCUGGGAUACAUUUACUGAGAAAAUGAUAGGGAAACCUAUGCCGACAGACUUUAUGACCUUUUUUCCGAUGUAUAUCUGGAGAGACACAAUAACCAAUUGUAGGAAUCACAUCUUAAAAUAUGUCAACGUUUCUACUAUAGAAGAGGCUUAUAUUAAAAUAGGAUCUCAGUUGACUGGGAGUAUGAGCCCAUCAAAUAUUUUUAUGACGUAUGCGUUUUAUUUUGAAAAAGAGAGAUAUGAUUGGCACAUUGAUAUUGGAAAUGGAAAUUUAAAGAAAUACAACAAACUUCAUCUGCUUCCGGGUCACGAAUUAACUUCCGUCGAUAUGAUACCCGAUUUGCACGUGGCGUUGCAUGCAAAAACUCAUCACGAUGCUGAAAAUAUAGUAAAUCGUCAAGCUUAUUGUGCUGCUGUUGAUGGCACGGUACUGACCGUGGAACAGAAGAUAAAACAAAUGUGUGAACCAUUUAAAGGACAUGUAAUGUGGGUAUUGUUUGAAUUCUGUAAUAGAAACAAACAAGACCACCUUACCACGUGGUGUAAAGCUAAAAAUAAUAGCUGCGAAUCUAUGAUAAGAGAACAUUAUACAAACACGCGACAACUUGUGAAUAAAGGCGUGUACAACCUUGACCUAAAAAAGAUCAAGGUCGUUGAAGAGGCUGCGAAAUUACAUGCCAUUACGUGUAGGCCAUUUUUGUAAAUUACCGGAAUGAACCAAAAAAAGAAAAAAAAGUAGCGUAUAUAGGGCUCUCUGAGGUAUAUUCACGGCGUGUAACACAAGCUGAAUAAAAUAUAAAGAUUUAAUAUUUUUCCGCAACAUAAGUUUCAAAUGCCAGUAGAGUUAAUUCACAUGACAUCACACACAUUGGCCGCCGCCAUCUUGGUGGACAACCAGACUACACGUGAUUUUUAUGUUGAAUAAAGAUUUUGUCUGUGUAUUUUAAAUUUAAUUUCUAUUAAAAUCCGAAUUCAACCGUGACAUAACUCGUUUAUAGCGACAAAACGAUGUUUGUUUAUAGGCUAUACCCGGUAUAAAAUAUUUGUUUAUUUAAAAUCCGAAUUCGAUCGUGGCAUAUAACGCGUUUAUAGCGACAGAACGGUAUUUGUUAAUAUGAAAUAAUAUAAAAUUCUGUUUCUACCGCGUUAAGUAUUUAAAAAUAUUU